AUGCGUGCCAUCUCCUCGGCGAUCGACUCCGUGAAGAGCUGGUUCGGCGGGGAGCGCUCCGGAAAGGGCACUGGCGUGCUGAGGCCCUCCUUGAAGGGGACCAAGGCCAUGAAGCAGGCCCGGAAGGAGGGCGACACCAACUUGGACCUCCGCCCCGUCCAGGAGCUUCAAGAUUCGGACUCGGCCGUGACGUGCAUCUGCUUCGGCCAGGAGAGGUUGCACAAGGCCUACGUGCUGCUGGCCACGGCCUCCAAGGAUGGCACGGUGGUGGUUUACCGCUGCUACCGCACGGAGAUGGAGAUCGCCAUGCUGUCAGAUCAAGACUUCCCUCCCGAUGACAACACCUAUUCGUCGCCUCCGGCCGACCAUUCGAACAUUGCUGUGCACUCCCGACUGGUAGGCCACUCGCGUGCCAUCACCUCGAUCUUCUUCAACCUACUGGAGGAUCAGUUGGUGACGACGUCCAUUGACAAGUCGGUGCGAUUUUGGAGCAUCGACAGCGGUGAGAUGCUUAAGGUCUUUACCGACAGCUCGCCCGUGCCUGUGGCAGCAUUCCUCCCCUUCAACCCGCAGGUCUUUGUGGCUGCCAAUUCCAAUGCUGUCCUCCGUCUCGUCAACGUGCAGAACGGGAUGGUGCUGCAAAAGUUGAAGGUAGAGACCGAAGUCCGCGCACUGAAGUUCGACGACACGGGCCUCUUCCUCUUGGCAGGUACCAAGAGCGGAAGCAUCCAUGUGCUGGAGGCAUCGGAUGCCAACACGCUGAGGUUCAAGUUCAAGGUGAACCUCGCGCGAGGAGGGGUGACCUGCAUCACCUUCGUCCCAGCCGCCGGCGGGCAGCCGCCUUGCCUCUUGGUGAACACCUCGGACUGCUCGGCGACCAUCAUCGACUGCACCUACGGCCCACCCAGCGGGGUCCUCAACAACCUGUCCGUGAGGCAUCGGGUCCGGGUGGCGCACGAGCUCCUGCCGCUGAAGAACUGCUACUCACCGUCGGGCCAAGGCUACCUGAUAUCAGGUUCUGAGAACAAAGACGUCCAUAUCUACCCCCUGGGAAAAGGCUCCAACUACAAGAUGCAGCCGCUGAAGCACCACCAGGUGCCGGUGGUGGCGGUCUCUGUGAACAUGCAGGACACACUCUUGGCCAGCGCCGACUCGCUCCAGCCUUAUAGCGCAUGGUUUCUCUCGAAGAAGCUUGGGAGAAGUGAAGCAGAUUGA